AUGUCGGGCAUGCGCUGUAGAACUGUGGGGGCCAGGAGGGCGCACGACUCUAAUGGGCGCAGCAUUUGGCGGCUCAGCAUCUACCUCGUGAGUGAAAAAAUGUUUUACCUGGGACAGGAUUGGGGUCCCUCUGACCACUCCCAGUCCUGGGCCACAAACAUAGCCCCAGAGAGGGCAAGAAUACUGGUGUUUGAAAACCCCACAGCUGUGGUAGUGAGAUUUGGAAAAACUCACUUGGAGGCAGUCACACUGCUUAAUAAUAGAAGCCACCACUUAGGGAUUAUUGAUGUUUACGAGGUGGGAGCUUUUAGGAACCUCGCAAGGAAAAGGAGGCAGUUUUUCUGGACAGCGUUCUGUGUUUUGAGCCUAUUGGAAGAUCAAGUUUCAGGUGAUGGUACAACAUCCUCUCUUACUAUAUCAUCUUCAAGAAUUUCUCCUUCAAAGCUUUCCAUCACUGAAGGAUCAACAACAACAGCCAGCUCUCUUGCAACAGAGGCUUCCACAGCCUCCAAAAGGAGUAGUCAAACCCCAAAAGAAAUUUCAGAUGUCACCACCAGCCCUUCAGAUUCCCCUUCAGCAGAGAAUAUAACAUUUGCUACACAGCUCCCAGUAGCAGACAAUACAACAUCUAAUGUUAGCAAAGAGACAACAACUUCACCCCUGACUUCACCUACAGUUCUUCAAAAUGCUUCUGCAACUGAUCCACCAAAUAACUUCUCUGAUUCACCUACCACAGCCCAAGCCGGUACCAGCAGUAUGAUGGGCAACAUCACAUGCUUGAAUAUCAAGCAAGUGACUGCUUCUCAUGUGAUAUGCUUGAAGCUCAAUGAGUCCUACUCAUGUCAAGAGUUUAGACAGAAGAAAGGAGAGCACUUUAAAAAAGUGAUUUGUGAAAAGAAGUCAAAUCAAUGUGACAUCAAACUGGCCGAUUCGGAGCUGCACAAGGAAUGCCUACUGCUGGUUGAAAUUAACAAGAAAGGUGCAGAUGUAUUAGAUGCUGUCCUACAGAAACAAACUACUUUGACAGAGCUAGGGAUACAAUAUGAAAAACACGGCAUUGAAAAUCACAAGAGCUAUACCCGGAAGACACUUAUUGCCUUGGUCACGGCUGGUCUGCUGCUAGCAUUUCUGGGAUUGGCUGGAUACUGCCUUAUGAAACGACGGAGUUGGAGCCCCAUGGGAGAGAGGCUGGGUGAAGAUCCAUAUUACACAGAACAUGGUAGCCAUGGCAACACUGUGAUCUCUGUGACUCCUCAUGAACAGUCUGAUCUACAGGAUAAACCAAACCUCAAUGGAGGGGCCCGGGAAAAUGGGACUGGCCAGCCAACCUCAAAAAAUGGACAGUCAUGCAAGCCCCACGUUGUUGCUGACACUGAACUGUAAAAAUGCCACAGUCAAAAGUCUUAUGAAAGUGGCUUGAAAGAGCAGAGUAGAAGGAUAGAGAAGCUAGGGAGCAAAGAGUAUUAUAAAUGGCAUCAUAAAUCCUUUUUUGUUUUGAUUUUUGCAGCCAUCUCAAAAAUUCAAUUUUAAAGUAUACCUUUUUAAAAAAGCCGUCACUGGAUAUAGCUGUGUACAAGUUUUUGUUUUUUUGCAAGCUACUUCAGUGGGAUUUCUUAUCAGACUGGGUAUGUGGGUUUUUGCUCUUUCUGUUUCAGACCAAAAUGAAAUGGGACUGGCUUUCACAACUAUCCCUCCAAAGAAAAGAAAGUGAUAUUUCCUAGAAAUCUACAGCAAAUUUAUCAUUGUUAAGAAAUUAUUCAAUAGCUUCAGUGCUGAAGGGGAAAGAACCUGGUAAAGAGAUUGAACUUUUAAAAAGUACUGAAACUUUUCACACAUAGGUCAAUAAUUCUGAUUCAUCUGACUGCUUUUAUAUGGCACGGUGAAUCUUAGUGCAAUCCUUAUGCAUAUCUACUCACAUGAUAUUCAACUGUGCUCACUCCCAGGUAAGUGUGCAUGGGAAUACACCCUCAGUCUUGUAAAUGCUCCAUUGCAUGACCAUGUGGUGAUUUACCACAAGCAAGAUCAACACAUAUUUUGAACAUUUCAAGAUGUGAAAACUUGCCUUUUUGGUGAAUAGUGGUACAUUUAUUAGACUAGUUUAUCAAGUUAAACCACCAAAAAGGUCAACCUGAUAGUUUAAAAAGUAUCAUACCCUACCAAUGAUGUUAUUUCUUUGGCUGGGUUCUAAUUGUAAUUUUGACACCCAACUCAGAAAUCCCUCUUUGCCUUUCUGCUUUUGUGUUGCAUUGCUUACUAGUAUCAACUCUACAAUUUAUCAGAAAUUCAAGGAUUACCUAAUCUGGCAAUCCCUGAGCUACGCAGAAAAAGUUCUUUAUUAGAUUUGUUUCUCAGCAGAAAUGUAGGUGGCCUUCCAGUGGGGAAGGGGAAAAAGCACUAUUAAGUUUGGCAAGACAGCUUCCAAAACCAACACCAAAGUGCAGCAGGCAAAUGGCCUGAAAUUGCAAAUGUCACUUAUGUUUCUGUUCACAAGGUCUCCAUGAAGACUCAGUUUUCAUUGUUUGUAUAAGAACAAGCAAAUAAAAGUAGUGCCAUAAGCAA